AUGACGACAAUGGAUCUUCGCGUCGGUAACAAGUACCGUAUCGGUCGAAAGAUCGGUUCAGGCUCUUUCGGUGAUAUUUACCUCGGUACCAACAUAAUCUCUGGAGAGGAAAUUGCCAUCAAGCUCGAGUCCGUCAAGGCCAAGCAUCCUCAGUUGGAGUAUGAGGCCCGUGUCUACAAGUCUCUGGCUGGUGGCGUCGGCAUUCCAUUUGUUCGCUGGUUUGGUACCGAGUGUGACUAUAAUGCCAUGGUUCUCGACCUCCUUGGUCCCAGUCUGGAGGAUCUCUUCAACUUCUGUAACCGAAAAUUCUCCCUCAAGACCGUCCUUCUCCUGGCCGAUCAGCUCAUCUCGCGUAUCGAGUACAUCCACGCCAAGUCCUUUAUCCACCGAGAUAUCAAGCCAGACAACUUCCUUAUGGGUAUUGGCAAGCGUGGCAACCAGGUCAACGUUAUCGAUUUCGGUCUGGCCAAGAAGUACCGAGACCCCAAGACUCAUUUCCACAUCCCCUACAGAGAGAACAAGAACCUUACUGGAACUGCUCGUUACGCAUCUAUUAACACUCAUCUGGGCGUUGAACAAUCUCGACGUGAUGAUAUGGAGUCACUCGGCUACGUCAUGCUCUACUUCUGCCGUGGCUCCCUCCCCUGGCAGGGUCUGAAGGCUGCUACCAAGAAGCAGAAGUACGACCGCAUCAUGGAGAAGAAGAUGACUACUCCUACCGAGGUCCUUUGCCGUGGUUUCCCUAACGAAUUUGCCAUCUACCUGAACUACACUCGAUCCCUUCGCUUCGAUGACAAGCCCGACUACAGCUACCUCCGCAAGAUCUUCCGAGACCUCUUCGUCCGAGAGGGUUUCCAGUAUGACUACGUCUUCGACUGGACCGUCUACAAAUACCAGAAGAAUGCUCAGGCUAUUGCCCAGGCUGCUGGCCAAGCCAACCCCGAGGAUGACGAGAAGGCUCGUGCCAGCCGCACCAACGCCGCAACUGCCGGCCAGUCUGCUGCUAAGCCCAACGCUAUUCCUAGCACUCGCCGCAAGAUGCUCGAGCGAGGCUCUGGCGCUGGCGUUGACACUCCCGACACCAACCGUGCUAUUGGUGGAAGCGACAGGAUGUGA